UUAUCAGACAAUAUCGUUCACAUCAGACACGCACACAUAUUUUAAUGCACGAAUAUAUUAGCUUUAGUAAAUAAAAACAAGGAAAUUGCAUAUAGUGGUGUUGUGACGCGCUAGGCCUCGAGGACGCAGAUGGACCCCAAACUUCAAAGGCUCAGCCAGAGACAUAGCAAUAAAACGCCUGGUCUGCUAUACUGUCUGGCAUUCCACUUUUAAUGGGUUUAUGGCCGUCCAGACACAAUUAGACCGUUUCCAGAACUCGGCACCCAUUUGUUUUUUCUCUUUUCUGUGGGACUGCAGCUUGGACAAAAGGCCUAGCGGAAAUGAUCAGCUUUAUUGGCCUCUCCCCCGAAUGUUGCUCGCCGGACUCAUGGUCAUCUCGAGCGACCCUUUGUUUGUACCUGGCCUGGGAAAGUUCUCUCUCAGUUUCUCUGAUGGUAGCUAGUGUUCUGUUCACGCGCUGAAAAAACAAAAAGGGCAAUAAAACAACAGCAUUAUAUGAGUCAAGACCUAAUCUCAGUAUAGAUGAGACCAACAUGAACAUUUUAGAUAUACUACUCUCGAUUGUCAUCAUCGGACCAACAUCUAUAUUCCAUGUGGAAAUAGAACUGCAGGCAAUGAGAGCCACAUACAUUAAUCGCAUUCCUAUUAUGUGAUUUAUUUAUGGAUUUGGCCCCUAAUGGGGAAUGGGUGUGAUUGCAGUUCUCAGGGCACUGCACCUUUUCCACCGUGCAACUACGUGUAGUGACCAGAGGAUGGCGCUGAUGUUCUAUAACAAGGCUCAAAAUGGCCUCGUUUAAACACUUACCCUUUCUGAUUAUUUUCGGAUGAACAUAUUUUGACAUGUUUUGGCCUAUUGGUGGAUUUUCGUUUUAUCACAUUGUAAUUCUAAUUGAUGCUUGCUAUUAUAGUCUUUAUAAUGAUGUUAGCUCUUGUAGACGUUGACACAUCCGCGGCAGUAUUUAAUAAUUAAUAAUAAUAUACAUAAAACAUUUAAAAUAGUACGCCUUAGUCUAGUCAAAAAAAUGUUUGUACGUGUAGGAAUAUCUUUUACUUUACGCUACAGAAAAACCUGAAACGUAGUUGUUCCGCGUGUCAAAUGAAAGAAAUCAGACUUUUAGAAGGCCUAACUAUUAUAGUUCUAAUGUGUUUAUUUCCAUCUUUAGUUUAGGCCUAUAGGAAUAGUAAACAUAAGUAGUGCUUUCUCAACAAAUGGUUUGUACAUAUGAUGCAUAAAGUAAUUGGAAAAUAAUUUGCCCUUUUCAAAUAGGCUUAUCUUUCAUACUCUACAUUUGCAAUAGCCCUACAUAAAAUGUGAUACGUGUUCAAUUUGCUUCAGGCUAAUCAAUUUUGGAAUAUUAUGAUAUGGCGUACUAAAAUAUCAUAUGUUUAGAUGAGCCUGAAUGGGUUAGCGAUAUGCUCAGUAACUCCACAUAAAGAAUUUAGUUUUUUUUUUGUCCCUUCUGUGUUUUUUCCAGAUAACAUUGUGGAAUGCGGAAGAAUUUACAUAAACGUUACCAAAUUAGGCCACGGCCUAUUGCAUAUAAAUAUGUAUAGCUAUCCCUCGUUAAAUGUGUGUUUUACAUAAUUUGGGAGGAUUCUUUUGGGGAUUUCCUGACCUAUCCUAAGAGGGACAGAUAUCUUCAAUGGUCUUUUUCAAUUGUAUUUUUUUCAAUAUACAAUAAUACAAAAGUAGUAGACGUUUAAAUGUAGCUCUGCAAAUAACGUUGUUAGUUUUAAAUAUUCAAAUUGACUUAUUUAAUUUGCUUACCUAACUUUUAUGUUUUCAGUUAAUACUUUGUUUAAUCUACCACUCAAAAUAAUUCUCAAAUAUUUCACUUAGGCCUAUACUUACUUGCAACAAUGACUUUUAUAUUAUCUUAUUUGAGACGUAACAAUGGUAACUGAAAAUAUUUACAAUUGUAAAUGGUAUUAUAUUUCAAUCACCACAAUAUCAAAGAAACUAUUGUAAAAUGUUUAAACUUUGAAUUGAUCAGUCCUUUGUAGCCUAUAAUACAAUUAUCAUGUUUUGAUGUUUGUUGUCUCACAUAGUUCAGUUUUACCCAUAUGGAGAAAUAUAUUUAUAUGAAUUGAACAAAACCUUUUGAAUGAGUACACAAUGCAGUUUUAUACUCUUAGUUGUGUAUAAAUUACAGAUGUUAUGAGGUGGUGAGAACGAUUGUAUUAGGGAGGUAUUAUGGUGUAUUAUGGUCUAGUAUGGUGUAGUAUAGUGUGUUAUGAAAGGCUAAAUGCCACAGUAUACGUUUAGUUUUUAUUCUGAUGACAUUGUAUUUUGUGUCAUUUCAUAUGUAUCGGCUUCCCACAGUGUUUAUGAGAGGGUGUGUGUCCAAAGAGAAGAGAAGGUGUGUGUGUGUGUGUGUGUGUGUGUGUGUGUGUGUGUGUGUGUGUGUGUGUGUGUGUGUGUGUGUGUGUGUGUGUGUGUGUGUGUGUGUGUGUGAGUUAAUCUUGGGAAAUUCCAUGGUAACAGAGUGAUGCUGAAACUCAGAUUGUCCACUUUAAAAUGUCUAACAAAAAACAAUGAUUGCAAAGUUAAAUAAAUCAUACAGCUCUAUGCACAAUGGGUACUUUUAUAAAUGUCCACUGUUUUUUGUUUGACAUAUAUUUUUAAGUGAAAAUUCGGAGUCUCACCAUCACUCUGUUACAAUGGAAUGGCCCUCCUACUCUGCAGUCUGUGCAUUAUAAUGAAAUCUCUGGCCCCACCGGUGAUUGGCUACAUCGGUCACAGGGCUGGAUCACGUGGGUGAGUUCUUUGGUCCUGGGGAAAAUGGGGUUUGGUGUAAAUCCAGGGUGUAUUGCUGUCAUAUAUCACACUACCUCGUAAAAACGACACUGAAGAUUCUGGCCCAACAAAUCACAGAGAAAAAAAUAUGAGUUCUUAUUAUGUGGAUGGUCUUUUUAACAAAUAUACGGCGAGCGGUUCUUUCUUCCCAAACGCAGACCUAGGUUCGUGCACUCUUGUACCCGAUGGAGAAGGACCCGCAUCUGCUCACAACGCCGCAGCCCCUGCCUUCCCACCGUCCCUGUCCGGACUUUACAACGUGAACAAUGCAAUCUACCAGAACCACCCGAUGUUUAGCCCUGGUUAUGGCCAGGGGCCGGACAUUCGCAGUCUGCACUGCAGCUCCUUCGACCAGAGUCGUCUGUUCGGGGACAGCUGUGUCCAGCCGGGGCCCCUCACCUCGCCAGAGGACAAACACUACCGGAUGUACCCCUGGAUGAAAACAUCAGAUCCAAACCGAAAGCGUGGACGUCAGACCUACUCCCGGUACCAGACACUGGAGAUGGAGAAAGAAUUCCACUUCAACCGGUACCUGACCCGUCGGAGGCGCGUGGAGAUAGCACAAGUGCUCUGCCUGACCGAGCGCCAAAUCAAAAUCUGGUUCCAGAACCGGAGGAUGAAGUGGAAGAAAGAUCACAAGGACGAGUCCUCGAGCUCGACCCCCGGUGCCACCAGCGAGGACGUGAACGAGGAUGAUGACAGUGAUCCGGUAACCGACAGACAGUCCAAGGCCGAGGACGCCGAGGACGGAGAUUCCCAGUCCACCCGUGUGGCGUCAGAAACCCCUGCAAGAGGAGAUGGAGACAAGGAGGCGAUUAGAAACACUCCAUAAAUGUUCAUAUUGGUCACUAAGGAAAUGUUCUAGAUGCAGACAGUCACAGAAUCGAUACACUCUGUUCAUCAGAGGUUAGAAGCCUGAUUGAGGAAACGACUUGCAGGGCUGAAAUUGAGACGCACUAAUUUAAUAUAUACAAGCUAGUGAAAACACUGGCUAUAGCUAUAAAAAUGAAUAUAGCUAAAGGAAGAUGAAAGGGAACGGAUACUACCUAUUUACUCUACGCUAUUACUAUGAAAACUCAAUUUGAUAUUUGAAUGUAGAACAAGUCUACUGUAAAUGUUAUACACUAUUUAAUGUUAAUCGUUGGGAACUAUUCGAUAUUGUACUACUGAAAUAACAUUCCUGAACAGAGAACUACCUAAGGCGACAGUUGCGUUCAUGCAAAGAAUUUACCUCCAGUUUCAAUUGACUUCGAGGAACCUUUUUCGCACUCUUUUUGUCUCUAUUUCAAAGCGAAAUAAAUGCAAGUGUUGAAUCAACUGGUGAAUAUGGCUUUAACGUUUAACUGUAGCUUAUUAACGUUGUAUUGCGCUGCUGUCUGUUAUCAUGUCUAAUGUUGUGAGAGCUUGUCUUUUGGGGUUGAGAUUUGUAGAGAUUUGAAUAGAUAUUUGCAUGAUUUCCAAACAGCAAUCAGAAAAAUGAAUUGUCCAAUUUGUAUACCCUACCUCAGAUUUUACGUCAGAGACUAAACUUAUAGCAUACUACUGUCUCACUGAAUUUCAACACUGCCUAAGAAGGACUUAUAAACACUGUAUUGUAAAGUCGUGUUGCUAUUGUAUUUUCAUCUCCUUUUUUUGCUUUCAAUUAUUCUAACUAGCUAUAGCCUAGGGUCAAUAUCAUUGUUAUGGACGUGAGUGUGUCUGCUUGCACGUGUAAGUCUGUAAGUUAGGGAAUGUGUGUGUUUGUUUUAUUUGAAUCUAGGCUAUAGAAGAGAAGCGGUCCAAUGUUCAGAAAUGAGCAUUUGUUUUGCAAUGUGACUGGUGUAAAUAGACUGCAUUCGACACUCACCGCUUUCCCUCUGCGGUAUUCAUAUUGUGACAUUAUGUAAGAUGCAAUAGUAAUCGAAUAAAAACAAGA